AGCAUCAAUAGCUCGAGCUCGAGAGAAGUGUCAAAUGCAGAGCAAAUUAAAUUAACGACAGACGAUAAAUGUAGCACAACAUGAGAAGAUCAAAGAUAAAGCCAAGUAUCAACUUGGCAUCCAGACGGUCGGUGUCCACACCUUCCCAGUCUAAGGAUAAAGGUAACGCAGGAACACCCACAACACCAAACACCACACAGGGUCAGGAUGUUGCCCCUAAACCAACCCAGGAACGUGCAGGUGAACUCCAGAAGCCAACAAGGGAAAGAAGAUCUAGCCAGUCUGAAAGGACAGAUGCUGCCUUGAAGAAAGAGUUUUCAAGUCUCAUCCCUGAAGUUGCCCCAGAACCUACUUCUGUGCCAUUGAAGGAUACAACAAAACAACAGUACAGUGCUCCCCAACCUGCCAGUGAUCCAAAAGACACUGAUGAGCAGUCAACUUGCGUAUCCAAUGCCAUGUCAUCGGUUCCUUCAGGAGUACAGGAGACUGGCACCAAGCUGGGUCCAUCGGCCACCAGGAGGAAGAGGUUUUCAACCGUUCCCAACCUGGGUCAGCCGAGGUUACGACCCUCGGGCCAAAGGGCAGAGGCCACCACAGCUGCUAGGGCAUCUACAGAGUUGACCAGUCACCAAGAGCAGAAGGAGAAUGAACAAGCUGUCAUGAGACCUCCACCUGUUCAAAGGGUGCUCUCUGUACCAACAACCAAUAAAAAAGAUGGUGCCAUAAGUCCAGCAAUCACAUUAAUGGGACCAGAUGUACAGAAAAAGACAGCUGCCAAGAGCCUUGACGUCGUCCCUAUAGCAUUGACUAAAACAACAUCAGAAGUACAAGCCUCAGGAGAUAGCAAGGUGACUGAGGGUGAUGGCAAAAAGAGUGCUCAUCAGGCUAAUGUGUACAGCAAGAAGUUGAAAGAACUGAAAGACCAAAUGGAUGACGAUACUCCCUCUAAGAGAAGAAAACGCCAUGCAAGGAGCGACAGCCCUGACCGAACUAAAAUGACCAUGGGAGAUUUGAUCUACUACAAUCCAAGGACAAAUCGCAUGAAGAUUACUGAAGCAGAGAAACAGAACAAGAAAGCAAAGACAGAGAAUAUCCAGAAAAAGAAAGUCACCUUUUCAACUGAUGAAGAGCAAGUCGAGGAAGAUGCUGAUGAUGAUACCUCAUCCACCACCACCAUGGCACCCCAGGUCAAGAUAGGACCAGACGGUGAGAUCAUCAUCGAUCAGAAGAGCUUGUACGUCGAAGCCUCGCCCGCUAAGACCUUUGACCUUGCAGACAGUGAGGUUGUCCAUGAAGAUUCCUCCCACACUACAUACUCCAGCUUUGUCACUCGAAAACGCACUGCUACCUGGACAGAAAAAGAUACCAGAAGAUUCUACAUAGCUCUGAGUGCAGUUGGGACUGACUUCACCACCAUCAAUGCCAUGUUCCCCAGUAGAACAAGAGCAGAGAUCAAACGCAAGUUUAAGAAAGAGGAGCGGCAAAACCGCAAGAAGGUCGACCUGGCAUUGGUGAAUCGUCAGGAGUUGGAUAUGUCUCUCUUUGAUCCACCUUCAGAUGAUUCUGAUGGGGAGUCUGUGGUGGAUGCAGGCAAGAGCAAUAAGAAAAAUUCUCGAAAGAAGAAUGGUCAAGUUGGUCUCGAUGAUAUCGCAGAAGACGUUGAUGAACAAAGUCCAGAAGUGGCUGAAGUGGAUGAAACAGAGGAACAACCAAACCUGGCAAAUAUUCUUAGCACAACAAAAUCAGGGCGUCAGCCCAAGAUGCGGACCUCAUACACCAUUCAGAUUCCGCCCAAACUGAAUCGCAAAAGGACUAGGGCAUCUCCGAGUCAGAAUCCAAAUGCUCUCAAGGUCUUCGACGACUAUGCUAAACAUCGUAUUCAGCGGUUACAGGAUGAGCAUGAAGCCACCAUGACCCUGAAGAGGUUGGCUAGGAACGAGGUUGGGAUAGAUCCAGAGGAGGAAUCAGAGGAUGGUAGGAGUGACAUGACAUCAGAGAUGAUGAGUGAAGUAGGAAGUGAGAUUGGAAACGAUGACAUUGAGAGCGUUGAGCAUGCAGGACUCACCAGUAAUCUUCAGCCUAUGAGGGUGUUCCAGAGGAACAGUCCUUCUGCAGGACCAUCCAGCAGCAGCCAGCUGGCAGUGGGUGGGUUCAGUUCCCCUGAAAGUAUCAGCGAUCCUUCUGUUAAGAAAGUGACCCUCAUGAUCACAACACCAGAUGGUAAGCAAACGUUAGUUCAGGUCAACCUGACAUCAAGCGACAAUGUUUCCCUUCCCGGAUCUUCAGGUGCUCAAGUAGAAACUGGUGAUGCCAGAUUAGGAGCGGGUGGGGUCGUGCAUACUUUACCCAAAGCGAGACCAGCCCAGAUGCCUGCUGGUCAUGCCCUUUCGUCUAAGGCAAGUCCAUAUCAGGUGCAGAGUCCUGCUAGAACUCUGACAGCCCUCACAAAUGUGUCUUCACCUUACCAAAGCGGCUCGCCCCAAAAUCAGAAGAUUAGAACAGUUUUAUCCACAGGAGAAACACAGCCCUCCAAACAGUCAAAGAAUGUAACCAUGGCAAAGAUUAUGGAUGGAAAGAUAGUGUUCAUUCCCUCGCAGCCAUCAACAUCAGCAGCAUCAGCAACAUCUCCUGGAGUAAGUAGACCAGUACCUGAGAUGAGACCGGUAGUCAAUACAAACCCAUCAGUACAGCAUGGAUUGUCCUCUAUCCAUUUAUCACAUCAAGGAAAUUCUAUUCCAAGUGGCAAAUCAUUACAAACUUCUUCUUUUCUUGAGAGAACUAAUAUCACUGGACCCAAAUCUCCAGACGCGACUCCAACGGUAGCACAAUCACCUGUAGUACAAGCACCCGUGAGGGCGCCAACCAUCCCUGUGGUGGCAGAGAACGUGUCUACAGAUAACUUGCUGACCAUAGGUUCACUUCCUGACCUUGGUAUGAAUAUGACCUUUGCCCCCAACCUUGACAUGGUUGCCUAUGAGGAGAGCAUUGAAACCAUAGGGGAUCAUAUCGUUGCACAGCAAGUCAACGUAGCCAGUACCGAUCCUGAUGGGGUGGUACCUCAGACUAAGCGUAAACUGAAACCUCAUGAACCAUUCAUUCCACCCAUCAAAUGAUGAAUAGUUCAUAUUUGAUUUUUUUUUUCUUUUGCCAUAGCAGACAGUUUAAUAUAUACUUUUUUAAAUUAAAAAGUAGAGAAUAUUUUAUUCCUUAUUUUUUUCCUUUUAAUAUUUUGGUAUUCAUUUUUAAUAUUGAUUUCUCUAUCCAAUGUAAUGAAAUAUCCAUAUGAUUAAAGGCCAUAAUUUCAAUACAAAGGUGUAUCCCACGAUAUUUUCCUGAAUAUUGGCUGGAUGAAAAAAUGAAUCCUCCAUUUUGACAUACUUAUAUUUAACUACAGUAUAAUGCAAACAGCAAUAAUGAAUUCAGUUUUGUGAUUAUUACUUGACAAUAUCAUCAGAGUAUGAAUUGAAAGUUUUUAAAAGUUUUUUUUAAAUUUUGUUAAUACACAAACUUUAAUUUGCCAGUUACAGUGCUAUUUUAGAGGUAAUGGCUUUCCCUUAGUGUUUUGCCUGGUAACGGCACUUCUCCCCUAAAUCUGGGGGAUUCCCUUCAAUGCAAACAAAAUCUUGUGAGUCAAUCCAUUUCAUUCAUUUGGUUUACCAAGGGUCACUACAUUUCUCAAUCAAACUUUUUCCUUGGGACAAAUGACACCCCCCCCCCCCCCCCCCCCCCCCCUCCGAAAAAAGAUUUAAUUUUGGAACUACAUAAUAUCGUUCAAAGAAAUGUGGGGUUAUGACACACAUUAUUUAUUUCAUCAGACAAUCUUUUACGAUCUUUAGAUGCGGUUAGCCUUAAGUUUUACAUAAACUUUUAAUUUUGAUUGAGAGUAUCAAUAGAUCAGUGUGGAGAAACAAAAUAUCCCACCAGGAAAUAGACUUGAACAUAUGAUACAAGGUCUGAGCUAUGUUAAAAAUGUUUGCUUGAUAUAAGUUCAUAUGUAUAUGACAAAAAAAUGAAGACUUUCUAUGCAGAAAAAAAAAAUUUGUUACACCUUUCAUGGCAACUUAUUGCAGGAUUUGUGAGCUGAUCAUUUAUUUUGAUGGAAUAUCCCUUCAAAGAUUUUUUUUUUUUUUAUGUUUUACAUUUUUAGUUUGAAUUUGUAUGUCCUAAAUUUUUCAGGAAUUUGUGUAAACCUUUAUUUUCCUUGAUGUGACAGGAAUUAGUAUGUGGUGCAUGUUUUUCUGAAUUCUUAUAUAUUACACAAGUGCAAUAUGAUUUUUAUGGCAUAACAAUGUUGUUAAAGCCUUUUAAGGAAAACAAGAAAAUUGUUUACCUUGAAAGUUCAAUUGAUGCUAUUCUAUAUUUUGAGUGUACAGCCAAUGCCUCCGAAAUGGGGAAUAACUUUGAAAUCCAAGAUGAUCUUUCCAUGGAAAUGUCUUUGAUAGACCUCUUACCAUUCCAGAUGGUGAUUAUUCCUUGUGUUAUGAUUACAUGAUCUGUUGAGAUCCAAAAGGGCAUUAAUGUCAUGUGGAGUCGAUGGCCUUAUGGCUCUUGGGAGACAAUAUUUCAGUGUCAACAUCUUCCUCAAUGUAUUUGAGUUUCAUGUAUGCAAUGUAUACAUGUUUUCCAGUAAGAGCAGAACGUGCUUGCUGUUCUACUGUGCUUUUCUUUUUUUUCCUUUUCCUGUAAAUUCCUUUUUCAUUAAAUGAAUUGGAUCCUCUUGAUAUAAGAGCAUUUACUUGAA